UCCCCUACGCUGAUUGUCACACAUUGUUUACUACAGCUUGAAAUGUGAGUCACAACACAGGGUAUCUGCUGCCGCUCUGACAACCGAGGGAUUCUUUUGACGCGCUCUGUGCGUCCUGGUUAUUUGGGGACAGGCUGUGGAGACUACCCUUCUGCCAUGACAGUGGAUUUGUUUGCGCUUUUAUGCGUGCUGGUCAUCACAUCCUCUGCGAUGGAAGAGACCGUGAUGGACACUCGUGUGGCCACAGCUGAACUGGGCUGGACAGCGUAUCCUAAUUCUGGGUGGGAGGAGGUGAGUGGCUAUGAUGAGAACCUCAACACCAUCCGGACAUACCAGGUGUGUAAUGUUUUCGAGCCCAGUCAAAACAACUGGCUUCUCACCACUUUCAUUGAUCGUCGUGGAGCACAGCGCAUCUACGUGGAAAUUCGAUUCACCGUGCGUGACUGCAGUUCCAUCCCAAAUGUUCCUGGCUCCUGCAAAGAGACGUUUAAUCUUUACUACUAUGAAACUGAUGCUGUCAUUGCCACCAAAGGCACAGCAUUCUGGAUGGAGGCCCCUUACCUCAAGGUGGACACCAUAGCUGCAGAUGAAAGCUUCUCACAGGUGGACUUUGGCGGACGCCUAAUGAAGGUCAACACAGAGGUGCGGAGCUUUGGUCCACUAUCUAAAAACGGCUUCUACUUGGCUUUUCAGGACUAUGGUGCCUGCAUGUCUCUGCUGUCAGUUCGGGUCUUUUACAAGAAGUGCCCAAGUGUAGUACAGAACUUUGCAAUCUUUCCUGAAACCAUGACAGGGGCUGAAAGCACAUCCCUGGUAAUUGCCAGAGGGAUCUGCAUCCCCAAUUCAGAAGAGGUAGAUGUCCCUAUAAAGCUCUACUGCAAUGGAGACGGAGAGUGGAUGGUGCCUAUUGGUAGCUGCACAUGCAAGGCAGGGUUUGAACCUGACAAUGGCAACGUAUGUCGAGCAUGCCCGCCAGGUACGUUCAAGUCGACCCAGGGUCCAGGUCUGUGUCUGCAGUGUCCUCCUAACAGCCGCUCCACAGCCGAGGCCGCCACCAUCUGUGUGUGUCGCAAUGGCUACUACCGUGGGGAUGCUGAUCAGCCAGAUGAACCCUGCACUAGUGUGCCAUCUAGCCCAAGGAAUGUGAUCUCCAUUGUGAAUGAAACCUCUGUGAUCCUGGAGUGGCAUGCCCCCAGGGAGACGGGCGGCCGUGACGACGUCGUCUACAACAUAGUGUGUAAGAAGUGUCGGGCUGACCGGCGCUCCUGCUCCCACUGCGAUGACAAUGUGGAUUUCAUCCCGCGACAGCUGGGCCUGACUGAGACCAGGGUGUUUAUCAGCAACCUGUGGGCUCACACCCUCUACAGUUUUGAGAUACAGGCUGUCAAUGGAGUCAGCAAUAAGAGCCCAUAUCCCGCCCAGCAUGUGUCCAUAGACAUCACCACCAACCAAGCUGCUCCCUCCAUAGUUCCCAUCAUGCACCAGAUCAGCUCCACCAUGAAUAGCUUCACACUGUCAUGGCCACAACCAGAUCAGCCCAACGGCAUCAUUCUGGACUACGAACUCCGUUAUUAUGAGAAGGACCAUGCAGAGAUCAACUCCACCAUCCUGCGGAGCCAAACUAAUACUGCACGCGUUGAGAGCCUGAGGCCGGGUACAGUGUACGUGGUACAGGUGCGGGCACGGACUGUGGCUGGCUUUGGCAAAUACAGCAGCAAGAUGUGCUUCCAAACCCUCACAGAUGAUGACUUCAAAUCGGAGCUUAAGGAACAGCUUCCCCUGAUCGCGGGGUCAGCAGCAGCAGGAGUGGUCUUUAUUGUUUCCCUUGUUGCUAUCUCCAUUGUGUGCAGCAGGAAAAGGGCAUACACCAAGGAGGCAGUGUACAGCGACAAGUUGCAACAUUACAGCACUGGAAGAGAACUCUCUUUGAGAGCCGACAUGUCUAACUGCCCCUCCCCACUGGGCUGCCCGACCCACUUCUCAGGCUCCCCGGGGAUGAAGAUCUACAUCGACCCCUUUACCUACGAAGACCCCAAUGAAGCUGUACGCGAGUUCGCCAAGGAGAUUGAUGUCUCCACUGUCAAGAUCGAGGAGGUUAUUGGUGCAGGUGAAUUUGGAGAGGUGUACAAGGGCCGUUUGAAGCUGCCUGGUAAGAGGGAGAUCUAUGUAGCCAUCAAGACCCUGAAGGCUGGCUAUGUGGAUAAGCAGAGGCGGGACUUUCUGUCUGAGGCAUCAAUCAUGGGCCAGUUUGACCACCCAAACAUUAUCCGUCUAGAAGGCGUUGUCACAAAGAGCCGCCCAGUCAUGAUUGUCACAGAGUUUAUGGAAAACGGUGCACUGGACUCAUUUCUCAGGCAAAAUGAUGGACAGUUCACAGUGAUCCAGUUGGUGGGAAUGAUGCGUGGGAUCUCAGCGGGGAUGAAAUAUCUUUCUGAAAUGAACUAUGUCCAUCGUGACCUGGCUGCACGGAACAUUCUGGUUAACAGCAAUCUGGUGUGCAAAGUGUCAGACUUUGGCCUGUCGCGCUACCUCCAGGAUGACACCUCUGAUCCCAGCUAUACCAGCUCUCUGGGCGGGAAGAUCCCAGUGAGGUGGACGGCACCAGAGGCCAUUGCUUAUAGAAAAUUCACCUCGGCCAGUGACGUGUGGAGCUACGGCAUCGUUAUGUGGGAAGUGAUGUCAUUUGGAGAAAGGCCGUACUGGGACAUGUCCAACCAGGAUGUGAUUAAUGCCAUUGAGCAGGACUACCGUCUGCCACCGCCCAUGGACUGCCCCAGUGCCCUGCACCAGUUGAUGCUGGACUGCUGGCAGAAAGACCGCAAUGUACGACCUCGCUUCACAGACAUCGUCAGCACCCUGGACAAGAUGAUCCGUAACCCCACCAGCCUCAAAGCUGUAGCCAACAUCCCUGCAGUGCCUUCUCAGCCACUGUUGGACAGAUCCAUACCUGACUUCAACACUUUUAGCUCAGUAGAGGACUGGCUUGCUGCCAUCAAAAUGAGCCAGUACAGAGACAACUUCCUCAACUCAGGCUUCACCUCCCUGCAGCUGGUGGCUCAAAUGACCUCAGAGGACUUGCUGAGAAUAGGGGUGACCCUGGCAGGACACCAGAAGAAGAUCCUCAGUAAUAUCCAGUCCAUGAGGGUGCAGAUGAGCCAGUCACCCACAACAAUGGCAUGACUACAGGGGGCGCUGUGCCAUGGAAUGGGCAGCAUUCGCAGGACCAACAACAACUGCAGCCCUCGAAUGACCCCCGAUCCAUCGGAACGCGCCAGAGUCGAGACUAUUGUCUUAAUUUAAUCCACUACCAUAACAAGAGGAGACCAGGGUCUACACUACUACAUGGUUAACAACUGUCACACGUCAAACAAUCCAUGUCAGGAGUUCAGGGUCCAGACUUGAUUUUGUUUCUUCAUGUAUCCACAAAAGGAAAGACAGAAAUCAGUUCAUGUAGUUAUGAGCUGCCAUUCAUGUCAUAGUGAACCAAAAUAAUUCCAACAGCCAGACAUAGUUGCAGGUAAUCUCUCAUAAUUUGUAAUGUAAAAUGAGUGAUACUGUACUUCUAUAUUACCUGGACUAGAAGAUGUUAAAACUGUAAACAGAAUUGUGAGACCUUUAGAAACAACUUGUGACCUGUGAUUUUACCCAUACCUUCAUCGAGUGUGUGCAAUGAAGAUGCCUUGACCUGGCCAGAAAUAAGACCCAGAAGAAAAAGCAAUUACCAGUAGGAAUACUUAGAGGGGGAAAAACACAGGGAUGUACAGCAAAGCAACGUUUACACACCGUCUUUUGCUUGUUUGAAGAAUCUGAUAAAAAGUAUCGUAAAUGGAGUGGUGAAGAAUUCAGAGCUUACUUAAAUUAGUGUAUUCUUCCAUCUGUUUGUUUGUUUUAUCGCUAUAGCAAGAUGCCACCCAUCUGUAUUUUAACUUUAACACUACCUGUGGAGUCCAGGGUGGAAGGCCUUGCCAAAGGACUUCUUAGCCAGCCCCACCCAGAUUCAGAGAAUAUUAAUAUGUUUAUCUCUUUCUAAAUAUGAUUAUAUCUUUCAUAAUAAACCUUCAUAUUGAAGGUGAUAUGUAUGAAUAUGUAUGUAAAGAACUCUCUGCUUGCAUUUUUGGCAAAGACGUUUGUUGACUAGAUUGUGAUGCACAUGCAAUUUGUAGAUUGCUACGGUGCCCUGGUUCCCUUUGGACGACUAGAUGACAGACUCCGGGUUAUAUGUCUCCCUGUUCCAGGGGCACAAGGACAAUCCUGACUGAAUCCUAACCCAAGGGAAAUAUAAAGGAAUCAUAGGCUAAGAAUUGGUAUUGUAGAUCUAUAUGAAAGUUGCUGUAGGAGUUAAAAUAAUUGAUAAAAUAUCCAUUUAUUGGAGAUCAUGUUAAAUGUGGGUGUACACAUACUGUCUCUUGCUGGUGAGCACUUAAUUGUACAGAUAUGUUUUAUGUUUUAUUUUCUGUUUAAUCUGUUGCUGUUUGUGUUGGGAGUGCUGAGCACCAUCCAGAGGGGAAGGAAACUCCACGCCUUGGCCAGCCCAAAUUGCUGACUGUGGCCUCAAAUUACUUACACUCACAUAAAACACCAUAUACACAGUUCUUUGUGUUCACACAUUCUUGCACGGACACAGAGUGAACACUAUGAAGAAUUGCUGUCAGCAGCCAAUGAGGUGAAAGACCAGGUGAAAUGGGACCUUUUCAGGAUACCAGUCACAACCUUCAGUUACGGUACACAAUGGAUGGUGGAGCUGAAUAUGGGUGUGCACAUGUUAUAGUUUGUUUAUUUGUGUUUGUGUGUGUGUGUGUGUGUGUGAGAGAGAGAGAGAGAGAGAGACUGAUUGUGUGUGCAUAGAGGGCACAUUUGUGUGUACAGCUGUUUAUGUGCGCACAGGUAGAUUGUUUAAGAGCGUGAACGGUUUCCUUUGUUUUGUUUCUGUAUAGCUACCACUUGUAAAUUGUGACAAGUAUGUGUCAAGAGUUUGUAAGAUGUAACUUUCUGAGAACUAUUGUACUAAAAUGCACUCAAUAAAAGCCUUGAAAAACAAGUCAAUCACUUUGUGG